ACGCCAGCGCCGGGGGCAUGGAGGGCCAGCACAGGAGCCCCCAUCGGAAGGCGGAAAAUAAGCAUGAGGAGAAGGUCCAGGAUCCCGACAGAGGGGAGGACGAGACCAAGGCAGAGAUGGGGAGCAAAACCUGGGCAGACCUGGCUGGGGAGAUGAAGAUGUUCCUGUGGAACCCGGAGGAGAGAACGUGCCUGGGGAGAACGGCCAAGAGCUGGGGCUUGAUCUUACUGUUUUACUUUAUUUUCUACACAUGCCUGGCGGGAAUGUUUGCCUUUUGCAUGUACGUGAUGCUGCUCACGCUGAGCCCCUACACGCCCACGUACCGGGACCGUGUGUCUCCACCAGGAGUAAUGAUCAGACCGUACUUGAAUGGGUUCACCAUUGCCUUCAACGUCUCUCAGCCCAGCACGUGGCAACCCUACGUGGACAGCAUGCACCACUUCCUAGCAGCUUAUGAUGACAAAGUUCAAGAGGAGAAGAAUAUUGAGUGCAUCUCAGGACAGUACUUCAUCCAAGGGGGCAAUGAAAGCGAGGAGAAGAAGGCCUGCCAGUUCAAGCGCUCACUGCUGCAGAACUGCUCUGGCAUUGAGGACCCAACGUUUGGCUACUCUAAAGGCCAGCCCUGCAUCCUGCUGAAGAUGAACCGGAUCAUAGGCUACCGCCCUGGUGCUGGGGUCCCCGUGAGCGUGGACUGCAAAGUGCAGAAAGGCAAUGAGAGCGAUCUCAGAUCAGUGGACUUCUACCCUGGAAAUGGGACGUUUGAUCUCAUGUAUUAUCCCUACUACGGCAAGAUCACUCACGUCAACUAUACGUCCCCACUGGUGGCUAUGCACUUUACAGACGUGAAGAAGAAUUAUUUGGUCCCUAUUCAGUGCAGCCUGAAUGGGAAAGGUAUUAUCAAUGAUGUUAACAGCGACCGCUUCCUGGGCCGAAUCAUCUUCACACUCAGCAUUGGAAAGUAGCCACCGCAAACACUGGGCACUUAGGUUAAGUCAGUCAGAGGCUUUUUCCUUUUCAAAGCAUAAAGCUAGCAUUUUUUCUGCUAGGAAAAACAGGCACAUGGAGAUUUUUUGUUAAUUUAUUUGUUCUAGGAAACAAAUGAGAUGCAAUGGAGCAUGGAACCACAUUUUUCAUCAUCUGAUGUAAAUCAUUAUUAGUGAAAAUUAAAAGUUAUCUCCUGAAAUGCAAAAGCAUUUCAGUUUGGAUUAAAAAAAGCUCUGGUAUCUGAACACUAUUUUCAUAAGGUCUUUUACAAGUGACCCCUGUGGAAUGCAUUUUUCCUGGCUUUAAAUUUUAAUCUUUACCAUAGUUUUAUGUGCAUUUCUCAGGCAAAAGCUAACAAGAGGGUAGUUUAUUAGCACUAUUCUUGGUAAAAUAAUAAACAGCAAAAAUUCUGGAUUAUGCCUGCAAUGACACAGUUAAAAAGUGAAAAUGGCAGAUUUCAAAAUGCCUCCUAGGAUCUUCAGCACCAGCAGCAUCUUGAUGCAGCAUUUUACGCAGCUUGUUCGGCACACCCAAGCUGUUGGAGCAAAGGCCAUGUAGAAAAUCAUUUGCCCUUGAACCUUUCCAACUAUUCCUUUCUGAGAUGGGAAGAUUAAUGCAUUUCUCCCUCCUCCUCCUCACUCCAGUACUCCUCUCUGCCCCAGGAAUCCUCAUCAAGUCUAUUAGGCAGGGAUGAGUGAAAGGAGCUCUUCUCUCCCUGUCACGGUUCGCAGGUUGACGGCUCCUCCUUCCCCUGUCAGGCACAGAAGUGCCAGUGAAAGGUGUUAGACCCCCCCAAAUAUUUCAGACCUGUUCCUCCCUGUUCCAGAGAGGUCACAGCUAUAAUGCUGCAGAAAACCGCAGGAAAAUGCUUAGUCAUUUCAUCGUUAAGGGGUCAAUGCUGGUAUUAGUGAAGUCAUCAAUUAAUUUAUCAUCCUCAAAGACCUCUGAAGCACGCUCGCCCUUGUCAGAGCGGAGUGCUGCUAACCUGAGCAACCUCUGCUGCGCGGGCAGCCUGACCCUCCCGGGCCCGUGGGCAUACAGCCUUCGUAUCUGACAGAGAUGAACUAUGCUCUGCACGUUACGAGCUACGAGAACACAGCAGGACAGGACACCUUAGGAUAAUGUACUAGUUGGAAAGCACACUUACUAAAAUUACUGACUGAACAAGAGCAUUGUGGUAUGUUUGUCCUACAUCCUAGUCCAGGUACUUAAUCUGCCAUCAUUUCCUGAUCUAUAUAAGUCUCUAAGAAAUCAUUUUUUUGUAUUAAAAAU